AUGGCAGCUCCCCUGGCAGAGUUGAGGACGGCCAAAAUGGCCGCGGACGAAGCCUCGAGGUUUGUGGGUGGUCGCAUCUUCUCUGUGGGUCACUCCAACAAUGAGGCCGACCAGUUCUUCAAGCUCCUUGACAGGCACAACGUGAAGGAGCUCGUGGACAUCCGCAGCAUACCCUCGAGUGGGAAGUUCCCCCACUUCAAGCGAGGUGCACUUCUGCAGCUUUGUGAGCGCCGGGGCAUUUCCUACCGCCAUUGUCCAGAGCUGGGCAACAAAGGAGUGGACGGUGGCAUCCUCGCCCUGCUUGCCACAGAGGCCGGCGCAGCAGCUCUGGAAAAGUUGGCCACCACCGCAAGCGAGGCGACACACCUGGGCCCCAAGACGGCGAUGAUGUGCGCGGAAGCAGACUGGCGUGACUGCCACCGACAGGUGGUGGCCCAGCGACUGUUGGAGCAGUUCGGCGUCAUCGUGGCGCACAUCAAGCGCGACGGCUCCCUGGAGCAUCAUCCGCAAGACCACCUUCUGCCACCGCGCUACUUGGGAGUGCAGAUGGGUCCGGCUCCGGCCCCACGCUUCGCGUCGGCCUACUCGGCCGAGGCCUUCUGCUGCGCAGAGCCCGCAGGUCUCCUGGAGGGCUACUCCAAGAGCCUACCAGGAGCUCCGGAGCCUCCUCCACCGCUCGCCUUAGAGGUGGGGGCAAAGCCCAAGCGCCGUUGGAGUCGCUGGGGCCGUGUGUGA